AAAAAUGUCUCUGAAAUUCAUUCCCCUUGUUGCGGGCCUCCUGCUUGGGCAGGCCGCGGCCAAUGUUCCGGUGCCUUCGAGUUCCCCGGUGGCCAGCAGCAGCCAAAUCCAAUCUCAAGCCAGAGCCAGUGUUUACUGCCAUACGAAAUUGGGAACAAGCUCUGUCUCUGGUGUCCUGCCUACAUCCACUAUUACUCGUACUCGCCAUGAUCCUACCGCAGUCGUUAUCACCUCGACUAUCCAGGGCACGGUGACAGAGACUCCUGCCCUGGUAACCGUGACAUCCACGGACUACGUGACCAUCAUUCUCACGAGCACCGCUGAUACCGUCACUGAUACUUUCUCGACUACCUCCACUGACUUCACUACAUCAACGACGGUCGUCACUCUCCCCACCGUGACCAACACCGUUGCCACAACGGUGACGACCACGACCACCUCAACCUCCACCGUCGCUACUUCAGCUGGGUUCACUCCACUUGCUGAGUCACUGCCCACUGCCACGGCAGCCAAGCGCUCUCUUCUUGACACCGAGGAAGAAGACUGCGCCGCAUGGCUGGAUGAUUAUCAGUAUCCCCAAGCUGUGGAGUGUCACGAGAAGAUUGUGGUGAAGACCACCAGCGUGGAGACGGUGACAGCUGUGCCCAUCACCACGACGGCUGCAGGCUCAACCACCACUACCACCGUAACCAACACGGUCCUGACCAGCUCAGUCGUGGUUCCCAGCGACGUCUCAACCACUCUCAGCUUCAGCACUACCUCCACCAUCACCGAGACUGCCACUGCUCCAGCUGUGACGACCACCGUCACAUCGACCAACACCGUCUCGGUCGUGAGCAGCACUACCAUGCUCGGCGCAUGCGCUACCAACAACGUCCCUAGCCUGCCGUUCUCUUCGGACUACGGUAACUUCGCCGGCCAGUAUACUUAUCUCCUGUCCUUCACCAACGUUCCCGGCGAGAGUCUGACCGUGGGUAACACUGCUUCGGCCUAUGACUGCUGCGUCAGCUGCCAGGAGUCCAGCACCUGCGCCAUGUCGUACUAUAACCACCUUACGUCGUCAGUCAGCUACUGCUACCUGAUCCAUACCACCACCUGCAACAGUGCGUCGACUUACGCCAAGGCCUCCAUUCACAGUUCUGCAGCCACGAUUCAGAUGUCCAAUGGCCCCUGUGGUCAAGUUCGUGGUGUACAGGCUUAAUGGUUAUGUAUUAGACCUAGA